AGUGGAAAGAAUUUCAAGCCUCGUAAGAUCAAAUGGAUCGCCAAACAUUUCAACUCAGAGCAACUUAAGCUCGUUAUAAUACCAAACCACAAACAGGUCACCACUACUGAAUUAAUUCAAACUAUUUUCAUUUAAUGGCAAACUUACCAGAUUGGACUUUGGAAACCACAAUGGAAAACUCAUAGCCAAGAAAUUUGACAAUUUGCAUUCAAAUAGACAUUCCUUUUCGUGGAUUAAAAAGCAGUUCACGGCUGAACAUUUCUUUCACUUACUCAAAAACUUUCGAUUUGAUAGCAGUAGAUUCCAUUUUAAUAUCUGCCUUCAAAAUUGGUCAGUCGGUUUUUGGCCAAAAAUUCAGCCAGAAAGCAAUUCAACUCAAUUGAUAUUUUUGAGACAGAUGAGCUGAAAUCCAACCAAAUCUCUUCUCUUGUCAAAAUCAAUUAACACAAUUACUCAAAAUUAGGGAGUUUAAACUGAUGACUUGCAUUGAUGCGAUCUCUUCAUUCUUAUCUAAAAUCUGGCAGAACAAGCGGGGCAUACUGGCCAUAUCUGGGGUCACUCUUGUCCUCGCAGUAUUCGGAACAUGUUACUCAUCAGGAAACAUGUCGCCUUAUGUCACUUCAUACCUGAAGUAUAAGACUAGCAGUUCGUGGGUCACAUACACGACUUCAGUUUGGAUUUUCACAAGUUCAAAUUCGUCCAUUGGUCUUUUCGCCAUUUUGGGCGGCCUCCUAGGGAAAUUUGUGAAACUAAGACGGGUGAUACUAGUCGGUGCCUUGCUCCAAAGCGCAAGCAUUCUUCUGACGAGCUGGUUGAUUGAAUAUGGCUAUGUCCCCCUCAUAUUCGUGUACGGUUUAAUGCAAGGGUUUGGAGUGGGGAUAGCUUACCCUUUGUGCAUCAAAUACGCUCAACUGUGGUAUCCAAAUAACAGCGGUCUCAUAACUGGAGUGGCAGUCGCUGGCUUUGGAAGUGGCAGUUUUGUCAUCAACUUUGUUCAAACAGUCAUCAUAAAUCCAAACAAUCUCUCCCCUGAUGUAACAAUAGACGACAAAGACUACUUCACACAAGACGCUGUGCUGGACAAUUUACCGAAAUGUUUCCGGAUUUUGGGAACUAUUUAUGGUGUUUUGUCACUUUUGGGAGUAGCGCUGAUGACCAGAAAAGAGCCACUUGAAGAGCAAAUAACAGUCAGCAGUUCGAGGGAGUCCGAAGGAAACAGUGAACAACAUCGAAGGGAGAACCGAACGCAACUCCCUCUUGAUUCUGUACUCGUAACAGCACCAUUGGAAGCUACACUUGACGGUCCGCUAUAUGACAAAACAAACACGGUCACUUCUAAAUUAGUAUCUGAAGAAUAUUUGGGCUACAGCGGACAAAAUUUCACAUUGAGAGAAGCAAUCUUAAACGUCUCUUUCUGGGCCAGCUUGCUGGUUCUAUGCUGUCACGAGUACGUGCUGAUUAUCAUUAGCAACUACUACAAGACAUAUGGACAAACAUUCAUCCAAGACGACUCCUUUCUAUCCCUUGUAGGAUCAAUGUCCAGUGUAGCCAAUGCACUAGGUAGACUUGCAUGGGGAAUCUUGAUGGAUCAUAGCAGCUACAAGACAUCGAUGAUGCUUCUGUCGGCAUCUCAAGGUCUGCUUGCAGUCACGAUGCCUCUAGGAGCGCUACUAGGAAAUUCAACAUUGGCUAAAUUAUUCUUUCUACUUUGGGUCUGCCUACUUUUCGCCAACACUGGUGGCAUUUAUGUUCUCACGCCGAGUGCUGUUGGAAAAGCUUUCGGGAUGAAAAACUUUGGAGUGAUUUAUGGCACAGUAUUUUGUAUCAGUGGUGUCACUGGCUUCGGCUUAACAGAAGUGGUUUCAAUAGUAUUGGAUAACACAUCAGGAUGGACCUAUGUAUUUCUCGUCGGUGGAUUCGGGUCAUUUAUAUGUCAGCUGCUGACAACUCUAUGGAAGAUGAAAAACAGAAGAAGGAAGAUAAUUUAAAAACACAUCAACAACAGUGAAAUAGAGACAACUAGAAAUGAACCUAACUAUUGAUACUUAUUUAUUUGUGA